UCAGUAGACUGUUCUGAAAAUUUAAAACAAAUAACUAAAUUAAAAGUUUAGUGAAAUAGAGAUAAUCACACCUCCUGCUAACUGAAACACCUUGCAUGAAUCUUCAGUUCACCAUUUCACUGACAGCGGAGAACUCUUGAUUUCUAGGCCAGAAGAGAAAGAAAAUUCUUGAAGAUGAAGGUUCUUCUUCUCUCUGCACUAGCUUGUUUGGUGUCUGCCACUGAGGAACCCUUACCGUUUUCAGGAAGUUAUAAUACCAUAUACCUAGCAUCCAAACGUCAGAGUGUGACGGAUGAAAAUAGUGAAUAUAGGAUGCUGAUGCGUGAAGUGAAUUAUUUUAAGAAUUACAAAUACAUGAGUAUGACAUUCUAUGUUAGGAAAGAUGGGAAGUGCCAAAUCCACAAGGCCUGGGCUGAUAAAGUUUUUUACAAUUUAUGCUAUGAUAAAUAUUAUUUAAAACUUCGUAAGUGCCCACAAAGGAAAGGUACCGCCAACAUUAUAGGUAACUGGAGGUUGCAUGAACCCUAUCGUCAUUUCCCAAAUAUGUACUAUCUCCCAAAGCCACAGGGAGGCAUACAGAGAUUCCCAACUGACUUUCACAUUGGAAUUAAUUUUGCCUCAAACACCACCAUUCUACUUGAAGCCUGGUAUACUAAUAAUUUGGGGAACAAAGAGAAGCUGACUGCAGCACUGGCAAGAGGAACAAAUAUUACUGAACAAAUGUGGAAAGACUAUGUAAAUUUGAACCGUCGGCUCAAAAUCCCAACUGAAAAUAUUAAUAAUGUACAUAAGACAGAUGCAUGCCCUAAAUUGGUGCAGUGAUCCUGGGAGUAGAAACACGGUUUUGUUCUAUAUUCUUGACUUAUUAGAAUUUAAUUUUGAGGUUGAUUCAAUCAUGCAAACACAAAGUGUUCAUAGCUGUCACUUUUAAACUUUUGCACACCCAUCUGUUAUUGAAAAAUCAUUACUGGCUUCAUGUCUGAUUAAAUACAUUGAUUUCA